AUGACUACCGACUUCAUCUCUGCGUCUCAAGCUAAGGACUUUGACUAUGUCAUUGUCGGUGGUGGCACAGCAGGCUGUGUAAUUGCGAGCAGAUUGUCCGAAUACCUCCCUAGCAAGAAAAUCCUCCUUAUCGAGGCUGGCCCAAGCGACUUUAACAACGAGAAGGUGCUACAGCUGAAGGAAUGGCUUACACUUCUAGGAGGUGACCUCGAUUACGACUACGGGACUGUAGAGCAACCCAAUGGGAACUCGCAUAUCCGACACUCCAGAGCUAAAGUACUCGGUGGCUGCUCCUCGCACAACACUCUGAUCUCAUUCAGACCAUUCGAAUACGAUUUGAAAAUAUGGGAGAGCUUGGGAUGUAAGGGCUGGGACUUCAAGACCAUGAUGCGUCUUUUGGACAACCUCCGAAACCAGAUCCAACCCGUUCACCCCCGCCACCGCAACCAGGUUUGCAAGGACUGGAUUGAGUCCUGCUCUACUGCCCUCGAUAUCCCUGUCAUAAGGGAUUUCAACAAGGAGAUCCGCGAGACUGGAAGUUUGCAACAAGGUGUUGGAUUUUUCUCUAUUGCGUACAAUCCAGAUGAUGGACGCAGAAGCUCUGCUUCAGUCGCAUACAUCCAUCCUAUCCUCCGAGGCGAGGAGAAAAGACCAAACCUAACGGUCCUCACCAAUGCCUGGGUCAGCAAAGUCAAUGUCUCUGGCAAGACUGUCACUGGUGUAAAUAUCGCGCUUAAGUCAGGCACCCAGUACACCAUCAUUCCUCGCACGGAAACCAUCAUCUGUGCAGGAGCAGUCGACACCUGCCGGCUUCUCCUGCUCUCAGGAAUUGGCCCCUCCAAGCAAUUGGAAGACCUGUCCAUCCCCGUCAUUCACGAACUCCCAGGUGUAGGCGAGAACUUGAUCGACCACCCCGAAUCAAUCAUCAUGUGGGAGCUGAACGCCCCCAUACCACCACAAACCACAAUGGACUCCGACGCAGGUAUCUUCCUCCGCCGCGAGAUCAAAGACGCUGCAACAAACAACACAGACCCAGCGCUGAACCCCAAGCGUAUCCCAGAUGGCACAAUUGCAGAUAUCAUGAUGCACUGCUACCAAAUCCCCUUCUGCCUGAACACCGCCCGUCUAGGCUACGAAGCACCUCUCAACGCCUUCUGCAUGACACCCAAUAUUCCCCGCCCUCGCUCCCGCGGACGCAUCUAUCUUACAUCCUCGGACCCAACUGUCAAGCCCGCCCUCGAUUUCCAGUACUUCACCGACCCCGAAGGCUACGACGCUGCCACCAUUGUCGCCGGCCUGAAAGCCGCUCGCGAAGUUGCCAAACAAGAGCCUUUCUCCAAAUGGCUCACCAAAGAAGUCGCACCCGGUCCUAAAAUCCAGACCGACGAGGAGCUUUCCGAGUACGGCCGAAGAGUCGCGCAUACAGUGUACCACCCUGCUGGCACGACAAAGAUGGGAGCCGAGAGUGACAAGAUGGCUGUCGUGACACCGGAAUUGAGAAUUAGAGGCUUAAAGGGCGUGAGGAUUGCGGAUGCAGGUGUAUUCCCUACGAUGCCCAGUAUCAAUCCUAUGUUGACAGUGUUGGCUAUUGGGGAGAGGGCUGCAGAGAUGAUUGCGCAUGAGGCGGGAUGGAGAGGCGAUGGAAAGGCGAGAUUGUAG